AUGGCUGCGGCCACGGAAAGUGGUCUCGAUGUUGACUGGCUGCUGCAUUCCAAGAAAGGUGUGGUCCCACGAUGUCGGCUCUCAGUCGCGGCUGCUUUGUCGUACUCUGAGCAGCGACUGUCGCAGAGAAGGGAAGCACUAACCAUUCCAUCAGAUUUGGCUCAUUCGGUGGGAGACAGAAACGGCCGAAACCCGGAUUCACAGUCCUCCACGAAACCCCAAGUCAAUCAGCGCGAGCCUGCAACUGCCCAGCCUCAACCUAAUCACACACCACUCAAAGAGACGCAAAAUGGAGUCCCUCCGGCGACGCAGCAACAAAAGUCUACAAUCACUGUCAAUGGCAAGGAGAAUCACGCACAGCCUGCGGCGCAGAAGGCAGUCCCGGCUCCCCCCAAGCCUACUCAAAACCAGUCUCCCAGACCCACGAUGUCGGGAGCCCAAAGCACGGAGGACAGCAAAAAAGGUUUAAAGCCAGGUGCACCCAACAAGAAAGAGGGCAGAAGAAGUUCGUGGAUUUCAAGUUUCAGCUCCAAGUUCUCUUCGCCAACACCCUCGCGGAGUUCCAGCAUAGAUGUGCAACAAGCGAAUCACACCCUGACAGCGUCUCCUCAGCCAAGCCCGAAGACGGAGUUGGUGAAUCCAUUUGAUAAGAAUCGAUCACCCAAAGAUGGGCAGAAAGAGACGAAAAAGGAAGAAUCUAAACCUCCUGUCAUCACCCAUACUGCUCCUCGAAGACCUUCGGUCCUCGUUGCCGCCGGAAAGGAAACAAAGCUAGAGCAUCCUGGAUUUCUGUCGAGUGCUUUACGGAGACUGUCUUCCUCCUCAAACACCACAAUGGGCAAAGGCGCAACUAGUGGAGCAAUUUGCCCGAGAAGGGUCUUGAACCUCGACCCCCACCGCGAGCGUAUCAAGAUUAGCGAGUUUGACCAGAACAAGCUCAAGAGAGUGUCGUUUUGCGUAGAUGUAGAGAUUGCUGGAUUUUCGUCCCAGGCUGACGAAGACCCCGAGCAAUUCCAUCGCCCAGCUGUGUCAAACGCACAGAAGCAGAAUAUCUCUACAUCUGACAAGCAAGUAACCAGCAACAAGGACUCAAAGGACGCAAGGUUCAAAGAAAAAGGUGAGGGAGCAGCCUUGAGAGCUCCUAAGCCGACAGUCGAAGAAAAGGAAAAGGAAGAGGUAGUGCCGAGCAAACCGCAGCCAGAAGGUCAGGCUCCGGCGUCGGAGGAGAGAAAGGAGGCCAAAGAUAAAGACACAUCAGAAAUGCUGCAAGGUCCCGAACCUAUAGCCGUGCCUGGAACCCGGAAAAAGGAGAAAAAGAAACGGUCAGAAGCCGAACGGAAAGAGCGAAAGGAGCGCAAAAGACGUCACGCCGAAGCAAACGGUCUGGUACCGCUAGAGCUGACUCGGGAAGACGAUGAUUCAGACUCGAAUUCGAGCACUACGCCACCAGGGGCCUCAACGCCCAGCAGGCGGCCUGCGGAGGGGGCGGAUGGCCGUACGACGGAUCCUUUAAGGAUAUACAAGCGCUGUUGUCAGCUGCGCGAGACCACGGUGUUGAGCAAAGUCAAAGAGCAAAUAUCCAAACCCUCCGCAGGUGUGGCAGAAGCCCCUGGCACAGUGGCGGUGAUGGAUCUUUCUGGGUAUCCGAUGCAGCUGCAGGAUAUUGUAACUCUAGGCGACUGGCUCGCUAUCGUUCCUGUUCGGAAACUUGUCUUGGAUAACUGCGGGUUGACAGAUGAGGGCGUCCGGGUGAUUUUGUCGGGCCUUUCGAGCUGCAAAUCUGCUGAACAAGCUCGACAGAACAGGAAAUUGCCGAAGAGACUGAACGGGAAGACCGGCAAAGAGCAAAUGGGCGUAAUCGAGAAGCUGUCUUUGAAGGAAAAUCCAGGUAUUACGAAUCUGGGAUGGAGGCACAUUGCGCUUUUCAUGCAUAUGUCGCGGUCGCUAAGGGCCAUUGACCUGUCGGGGAUUCCAUUUCCAAAGGCAGGCGAUCUCUCGCGGACAGUCUCUACAACGAGUUCCAACAGCAGUGGCUCGACUGAUGCGACCUCGAGAGUGAUGGAUCUGGGAACUUUGGUCAUCUACGCAUUGGCUGAGCGUCUGGGUGACAAACUUGAAGAGCUGAUACUCAGUGACUGUGGCCUUGCUACAGCCAACAUUCGAGACCUCGUGGACUGCGCCAUCAAAUGCAGGAUCCGGCGACUUGGACUUUCGGGCAACAAUCUGGAUCAGGAAGCCCUCGGCUACCUUGUGCGAUAUAUCAAAUCCGGUCACUGUGAAGGUCUCGAUCUUGGAAGCAAUGACCUACACGGGAUUGCGUAUAUCCUUGCAGAAGCUGCUGACAAUGACUGUCCCCUGUUCGCAAUCAGCUUGUCAGAUUGCAAUUUGACGCCCGGCGAUCUCAAUUCGAUCUUGAUACCGUUUACAAAGUUGAAGAACCUCAAGUUCAUCGACCUCUCCCGCAACAUGGCUUUGUUCAACAGUCAGCCCAGCGCCGUUCCGGUUUUCAGAAAAUUCCUCCCCAAAUUGGCGCCAUUGAAGCGUUUGCAUCUCUCAGAUGUGGGCAUGACGUCUGAACAAGUGAUUGCGCUGGCCGAGAUCUUGCCUGAUUGCCCAUCGAUGGCUCAUCUCAGCAUCUUGGACAAUGCUCCUCUUAUUCACGCCAUGAACUCGAGAGACGCUAGCUCACAAGAGGAGGCUUGCGCAUUCUUCGCGUCCUUGAUGACCGCGGUCAGAGUGUCGGAGACUAUCGUCGCUGUGGAGAUUGAAAUGCCUAGCGCAGACAGUAGUGAAGUUGUCAAAGCGCUGGCAUCACAGGUUGUGGCUUACAGUCUUCGAAACAUGGAGCGCACAACUCUGACUGAAGUCGGCGUCAAGCCGGACGAACUUACCGGGAAGGACGCUCCAGAAGUUUUGCUCCAUCUUGUCGGUCAUAUGGACGGCUACUCGGCAAACUACGACAAGGACGAACCGGCGCCGGAUGAGGACUAUAUGAUUGCAUCCACAGGAAUAGUCAAAGCAUUGGGUGUCUGUCUGGAUCGCAAGGACGGCAAUAGUCGCGCGCAGUCGAGAAACAUCAGUCCUACAGCGAGUGGGACCUCCACGCCGAGAGGACCGCUACGGCAGAGGAGGGUGUCCAAGCCUCGGGACGUGAGCUUGGAGCUUUGUGAGAGUGCGAGAAAGAUCCGGCGAAGGUUGCAGCCUGUCCUCGUUAAAGAAGAUCGGGCGGGGAACCACGAAAACUAUCGUCGUCUGUUUUUCCUCGACCAGACCCUGCAGCGGAUGAUACAAAGAUUCGAGGACGAGUAUCCUGAGACCAAAGUCACUUCACUGUCUCCUCCAAAUGGCAACAGCAUGCCUUCGCCAGAUCCAUCCAUGGAAGACACCUCUGUGCUAUCGGAGUCGCUUGACUCCAACGGAUUGCUCAAGAUGACUGAUGCUGACGACUACUUCCCUGCCGAACGUGAGGCACACGACGAUUACGCCCUGAAACUGUCUCGAACGUCGUCCAAUACGUCGCUUGCAGCUAAAGCUUUCACAGACGAAGAAGGCCGCAUGCACCGUUUUGGACAGUCUAUGAGGAGAGAAGUUCUUAAACCUACGGGCAUGGACGAUACUCUGCACGGAUCACGAGCCACCGACGCGGACCCACCUCACCUAGCUGCUCUCCGGUCAAAGCUGGAUGAACUUCGUGGAGAGGACAUUCGGUACAGAGUGGAAAGGGAAGGCGCAGACAAUGUUUUGCGAGAGCUAGGGCUGAACGCUCAAGAGCUUCUCAUGCUGAGGGAGCAAGAUCCCGAGGGCUUCAAUGCCUUCAGAGAGUCGCAGCUGGCUGCGCAAAUCAAUGCGGGCAUGCUUCCCGUGGAUGAGAUGAAGAGUGCGAAAGCGUGA